AUGUUUCGAAGACUUGCAUUUUGGUUGAGGGAGGGAGCCAGUAUAAGAUCCACCCAAAAAACAGAUUGUUCAACUUUAACAUGCUUUGUCUUCCUGCUAAUUACAAAAGCCAAUGCUUUCUGUGGGGAGAAGAUGUACCUGUCUGCAACAGAGGGAAAACCUGUGGUACUUUAUCCACUGGUAGGCGAAACAGAAGAGCUAUCGGUCAUUCUUUGGAUCAGAGAUGAUGUUACUGAAAUUGCAACAAUACGAUAUCUGAAUGGAAGUGCCGAUAUACAAUAUAACGGAAAUGGGGGGAAAUUCAACAUCUCUUCCAAUGCUUCCUUAACUAUAAAUAAUUUCAAUGUGGAAGAUGAAGGAACCUACAUUGUG